AUGAACAAUCUAUUAUUAAAGCAACAAAUGUAUCAAAAAAAUUCAAAAGAUCAGAAUAGUAUAACAAAAUUGAACAACACCUCAUCGAAUAGAGAUGGAGGUUAUCAGAGAAAUAGUAAUAUAGGAAAGAUCAAUAUGAAUAAUAUGCCAAAUAAUAAUAUUUAUAAUAAUUCCAAUAAUUUAAAUAAUGAUAACUAUUCAUUAGGUUUAUUUAUUGAUAACCCUCAAAAUGCAUUUGUCUUUGAUGAAAAAGAUUUAAAAACUUUGUUUUCUUACUAUAAAGGAGCAAAAAAUAUAAGAAUAUUAAAUGAUAAAGCAGCAGCACAAAUAACUUUUUAUGAUCAAAAUAUGAUACAACAAGUAAAAAAAGAUAUUAAUGGGUUAACGAUAAAUGAUAUUGGUACUAUUAGAUGUAUUAUAUUAAAUGAGGGAAAGGUUAUCGAACAAUUUCUUCCUUUUUCAGCAAAUGAUCCUGCACACUUACAGAAUUCUAAUUUAUACUCUAAUAACGAAAAUACAGUUAAUAUGCUAAAAAAAUUGGCUAGCUUAUUACAACCACAAAAUAAUACUAAUAUAAAAAAGAAAAAUGAUAUGAAUCAAUUAACAAAAAAUCAGGUGAAUAACAAAAUUAACCAUACGAAUUAUAGCAAUUCAAACAGUAAUUUUAAUCCUAUACAUAAUAAAAAUGACCAAAAUGAAAAUCCAUAUGCUAAUAAAAGAUUAAGUAGAAUAGAAUUAAUUGAUAUUUUUGGUUUUCCUUCCGAGUUUGAUGUAAUGAAAAAAAUUUUAGGUAAAAACAAUUCAAAUAUAACUUAUAUAAAUGAUCAAACAAAUAACAAUGUAAAAAUAGAAAUAAAAGGGAAACCAAUAAAUGAGGCACCUGUUGUUGAACGAAUGCAUAUAUCUGUAUUAUCAGAUGACAUACCUUCGUAUAAAAAAGGAAUUGAAUUAAUCAUAAAAUUGUUAAAUUCUAUUUUUAAGGAAUUUUGCGAUUUUUGCUUUGAAAAAAAAUAUCCAGUACCGGAAAAUUUAGCAUUUAAGAGGCAUGAAUAUACUUAUAAUCCAGAUGGAACUACGAAAUACUUAGGUUAUAAAGAAAAUUCGCAUAUAUUAAAAGAAAAUUGCAAAAAUGAUUAUAUGUAUAAAAAAAACAAAAACAUACCAAAGAAUGAAAAAGACAAAAGAAUUCCUAACAAUACUUUUAAUAUGUAUUCGAACUCCAAUCUUCAGUAUAAUAACCAAAAUGUGAUCUCAGGAGACUUUAAGGAAAUAAACUAUAAAGAAUCUAAUCAAGGAAAUUUUCGUAAUAUUAAAUUAAAUAGAACGAGAGAUUAA